CAGCACUUCCGCGAUUUGUCGACACUGAAACAUAAAGCUCAUCAUCAGGUCCUCCGCUCCUCUUUAGGUUCAAACAGAACCAGAAUAUUGGAUUAAAUAAAAACCGACCUGGWGGAGAAGAUGGUUUGGACCCUGGUCCUGCUGAGUGCAGUGUGGUCUGGUGUGGCUGCCAUCACUGUGACCAUCCCUCAGGCUCAGUACGAGUAUGCCAGAGGAGACAACAUCACURUGCCCUGCACCUUUAAAAGCAGCAUAGCCACCCCUUCACAGGUCAUCAUCACCUGGAUCGCUCUGGCUCAGGUUGAAGGUGCUUUAGAUGACGACGUCCUCACCUACUACAGUUCCACUACAGAAAGUGAUGUCUCACCAAACUAUGACGGCAGAGCAUUUCUGGAUUUGGAUAUGGCUACUGGAAAAGCUAACCUGAAGCUGAACUCAAUCUCUCUAAAUGACAACAGAGAGUUUGAGUGUAAAGUCAUGAUUCCGAAAGAUUCAAAGGGCCAGCCAGCUGCCAAGACACGACUGGUUGUUCUAGUGGCUCCCUCUACACCCAUCUGUAAGAUCCAGGGUAAAGCGGAGUACGGUCAGAACAUCAACCUCACCUGUGCUUCUGCGGAAGGUUCACCUGCUCCAACCUACUCCUGGGCAGGUUAUGAUGUGAAUAACAGGCCUCGUGCUCCAGACCCUAAAACCACCGACAAGGCAGGAAUCCUGUCUCUAUUUAACAUCACCAAAGACACAUCAGGAUUCUACAUCUGCACAUCUGCAAACAAGAUUCGUUCUGCUACCUGCAACUACACCCUCUCAGUCCUGCCACCAUCCAUGAACAUGGCUUCCACUGGAGCGAUUAUCGGGGGAGUGGUUGCUGCUUUGAUCGUACUUGUUAUAAUCAUCUAUUGCUGUUGCUGCAAAAAGAAGAAGGGAGCAGAGGAAGAAUACGCAAUGGGAGUUCAUGAAGACCAAUAUCACGACAAAGAGCCGGUUAAUGGUGACAGUCGUCGUGCCGAUGGGCAGGAGAGCGCUAUUCGAGUUGAUGAGCAGAAAACUGAGCGUGGCACAGAACGCCCCAAGGACUACAAUGACCGCCGCAGUGACUACGAUGAUCGUCGUAGCGAUUACGAUGACAGACGCAGUGACUACGACGACCGCCGCAGCGAUUACGACCGCCGUAAGGACUACGAUGACCGCCGCAGUGAUUACGAUGACCGCCGUAGUGACUACACUGACCGCCGCAAGGAUUACGAUGACCGCCGCAGCGACUACGACGACCGCCGCAGCGACUACGACGACCGCCGCAGCGAUUACAACGACCGCCGCAGCGACUACGAUGACCGCCGGAACAAAUAUGGUGACCGCCGUGAGCGCUACGAUGAAGACCGCCGCAAUGAUGAUGAUCGCAGAGACCCUCGCAGCGACAGGCCGUGACCAUAGAUGAGUCAUCAAGGAGGGACUCAGACUGAGACCACCCACGUAAUGUACGUUAUUGCCUAAAUCCUUUUGAUUUUACCCUUAAUUGAUGCCACUUUUUACUGUUGAUCAAGAAAAGGUUCAACUUCCUCUAGACGGGUUCUUACUGUUGACUCAUUGAUCCAUUAAUUAGCUCAAAACAACUAGAACCCUGUUGAAGCUAAAGGAAAACACUUCCUUAUGAAAAAAAUGUUAGUUUUGAUUAGAAAGUUUGCCAAAUCAUACAUCGAAGUGGGAGGAGGAUGAUACAAAUGCUGGAGGAAGUAAAAAAAACURGAAACGCCAAAGUAAAAUUUUAUUCUUAUAUUCAAGUCUGAUAUAAUACAGACCAUAGAAGAUCUGUGGGGCGCAACGUGUAAAGUGAAAUGAAAAUAUUUUCAUUAUUUAGGUUACUUUUUGAGUGUUAAAGAUUUUCCACUAAAAUUGUAAUA